ACUGAACGGGUGGGUGUGAUUGUCAUAUAAUACCUGUGUGUGUGUGUGUGUAGGGAUAUAAUGACUGAUCCAAGCAAUUGGAGAUCACAUUAUUCACGACUACUGAAGUGCUGGUCACUGAUCAAGACAUCGGAUCUGAUCAAAGAAAAGGCUUACGAAGAGCUAAAAAGUUUUACCGCCGACCAGAAGGCUAUCAAUCGAUUGAAAUUAUUGCAAAACAAAAAUGAAUUGAAUCCCAUAUACGAGCAAACAAUUAAUUUAUGGCAUAAAUCUAUCAAUGAAAAUGCUAAAAUCGGAAAUUAUCAAGCUGCGGCUGAAUGUCUGGAAAGUUUGGCCGAUAUAUCGCUAAAGUAUGGCUCAAGAAAUGAAAAACGGGAAUCACUUUCAUCGUUGAUAAAGGCGUCCGAUUAUUACACGAAAGCAUCGCAACCGAAACAAGCGGUUCUGGCACUGAAACGGGCCCUCAAUAUCAUAGAGUUGUCGCCGAAAAAUGAUUUGACUGUUGUGGCCGACAAAUAUCGUGAUUGUGUCCAACUGUAUCGCGAACUUGAUCUAAAUAAUUUGGCUGAUAUUAGCCAACAAAUAUGCCAAUCGGUGGACAAACAACAUGACAACAAUUAUUCAAACUUUCCGAUGUCUGCUGACCUAAUGAGGUCGUGGAGUCCAUCGACCACGACUUAUACGGUUACCACCAAUAAUAGCGAUGACGAUAACGAUAUGGACAACAGCAACGGACAAACUCUUGGAGAACAAAUCGAAAACAAAGAAUGGGUUCAAAAACAGAUACGUCUUCUACAAGAAGAAUGCGACCAAUUGAACAAAUUAUCAUCAAAUUAUGACAACAAUACUAAUAGUUGUAAUGAUUUGAUUGACAACUAUUUAUUUUCGACGAUGACUACUAAUACUACUACUGCUAAUGGUAUUGAAGACUACGAUUAUUACAACAAAUCUACUAUGAAUAUCAAUGAAAAGACAAUUGACAAUCAAAAGAAUUUCACUGACAAUAAUAAUUAUAAUAAUAAUAAUGAAAAAAAGCAAAAGUUGCGAAAAAAUGUUAAACAAUUGCUAAAGAAAUUCAAAUCUUCGCCAACCGAUAAUCGUAUAGACGAUAAUAUAUUACCGCAAACUAGUGAAUCAUCUCCAGUAGGAGUGGAGAAGACAACAACAACAACAGCAACUGUGAAGAAGCGUAAGCGUCGUCUCAAACCUAAAGAACUAUCUGAAGAGUCGCCCGAAAAGCGUUUAAUAAAAUUAUCAAAAUUGCAAAUCACUCAUCACUUCCGUAUCGAUGACAAACAUCCGGCCGAACGUCUGGUAUGUCAACUCUGUGAGGAAUCAAUUCUGUGCUACCGGUGGUCAAUAGUUACCGAUCAUCUGAAAGGUCGCAAACACAACCAAUUGGUCGAUAAACAGUUGAUUGUGUCCACCAAUUCAUUAUCUGCCGGUGCUAUUGAUAAUGUCCAGCCAGUUAUGCAAUUAAACGAUACUUACGGUCAAACGGUAAAUGUAACACAACUGAGACACACCAGAUCAACAGUUAGUCAGCCGAUGACCACUACACAGAUCAUACCUGUGCCCAAUACAAUAAUGUCCGAAACUAUUCAAACGACUACUGGCCACGUCCUGUGCCAAUUGUCACCAAUACAAUCGCUGGAUUCGUAUCUAAGUUUACCACUAAGUACAGGAAAACUAGUUAAUGAUUAUGACUCACAAGCACUACUUGUCUACCCCUGUGAUGAUAUUGAUGCUGAUGAUGAAGUUAAUGGCCACCAGAAAACCUACAAAAGUUUAGACACACCGCCCCUGAUGGACAUGGCGUACGCACCCAGUUAUCAACGAUUGUAACUAACUUUUUUUUUACCGUAUCGUCGUUUGGGACUAUAAUUAUGGCACUAUUACCUAAUUGUUGAAUCAAUUAUUAUUACUAUUUUUGUUAAUUAUUAUAUAUAUACUUGA